CAAACCAAAGAAUUCUUUCACUGAUAAAGUCGAUGUGAUUGAAAAUUCAAAAAAAGGAAGAAUUAACUAUGACGAUCUUAACAGAGGAAUUUAUUUUAAGUAGAACCAGGUGUUCAGAUUUAUCUAACGUUCGAAAAUUAAAUUGUUGGGGAAGUAAUUUGAUCAACAUAAACUCUAUAUCGAAGCUAAAGAAUGCUCAAAUAUUAAGUCUCAGUAUGAAUAAAGUAUCUACACUAAAGCCUUUCUCUGCUUGUAAAAAUUUAGAAGAACUCUAUAUCAGAAAAAAUAAUGUGUCAGACUUACAAGAAAUAUGUUAUUUAAAGCGCCUUAAAAAGCUGAGGGUUUUGUGGCUCUCAGACAACCCCUGUACAAAUAACGAUCACUAUAGGAAAACUGUUAUCCGUACUUUACCUAACUUACAAAAGUUGGAUAAUAUGCCAGCAGUUACACCAGAAGAAAAAAAAGAAGCGGACGAUAAAGGCGUUCUUUUAAGAAUAGAGGGAGAGAAGUCAGAAGAUAGUUCAUCAACUCCAGAUACUUCAGAUAAUGAAGCUUCUUCUGAAGAGGAAGACAGUACUCCCUCAACUGACUUAAGUGAAGGAGAACUCGAACCUGAUUCUUUAUCACAUACCGUCAGAGAAGAUAACGAUCAAUGUCUUCUCAUAAGAAAAGAUGAUAUUGAAAAGCCUGUCCCGCGAGUAUUAAGUGAUGAUGACACUUUUUUUAAACUAAAACAAGAUCCAAAGUCAAUCCAAUCACAAAUAGAACCCAGAAGAAAAUCUGAAAGUAAUUUCAAAAAUACAGAUGAUCUUACUUUAGAGGAAACUAACAAAUUAAGAGUAGAAUUGGGACUGAAGCCGUUGAGAACAAAGAAAAAGGGUUCGUGCAGUUCAAAAAAUAAACCAAAAUUUUUUCUCCAUGAAAAUUCUGUUAGUCAGGUGCAGAAUAACGUUCUCCAAGCAUCUUUGCUCUUAAUAAAUGAUUUAGACAAAGAUAGUUUAACUGUAUUGCAAGAUACUAUAAGAAAAAAAUUGAAGGAUAUGUAA